GUCCGGUAUGGCGGGGCCCUCAGGCAUUGGUGCUGCUGGCGCCAUGCCGGCUGACGACCGGAUGCCCACCCUUCCGCCGAUCGCUGCACCGGCGUCCCCUAAUCGCAAUGCUGACAACGUGGUUCCUCGUGCGAGGGAUCUCAUCAGACAGAUCAAUGCCGCGCAGAGAGGGCCUGAUCCUCAGUGGCUGCAUGAGCUGGCGGGGUUGUUGGAAGAGGAGGAGAGACGGUACCAGGAGCAUAUGGGCCACCCAUUCACCAACACGCGCUCUUCCUACACCAUUGGCCGCCUGAUCAAUCUCGCCCGAGACGAUGAUGAUUUUUUCGAGUUAGUCAGCAUCCGACUCUUGGUUGAACCAAACCAUCCUACGAGCCUCAGGGCUGCCGCGGCGCGCUUGACACUAGCGUGCUCCUCAGUCUGGCUCUUCCCCUUCAUCCUGGACGAUAGUGUCUUGGAGAAGCUGAUCGAGUGGACCAAAGAAGAGUCGCCGGAAGACGAGGAGCGGUUCCUAACUAGACCCGGGGCCAAAUGGGGGAGGGAUGCGGAGAAACGGGACAAGGAGUUGUUAAGAACAUAUGCGACAGGUUUGCUCGCCGUUGCGCUGCAGAACGAGGAGAUUGUGGACGACGUCGUUCGGCAGGGCCUUGUGGAGCCGUUGGUAAAGUUUCUGAGGAGGUCUGUGCUUAGGAACGAUGGAAAGGUGGGGGCGAAACAGGGCCCCAAAGUUGGAGCGCAGCCAGGUUUGUUCAGCCCUGGGGGGGCGGCAAGGAAGAGGACGAAAGUGUCAUUGGACACCCCCUGGAAAGAUGAAAACCGCAUGGCAGGUGAGAACGUGCCCGAGGGGGGGGUGGAGGCAAGAGUGGAAGGGAAAGGGAAGGGGAAAAUAGACGAGGCGAAUGCCGAGAAUGAUGAGGGGUUUGAGGGGGAGUCCGAUGAAGCUUUGGACGAGUUUUACCACCGGCAGGGGAUUGAGGGGGAUGGAGAGGAUCUUGACGAAGAAGGGGGGCCAGAGAUUGGAAGAGUGGGGCAGAAGACCAGCAAGAGCGAGCGAAGGAAAAGUAAGACGGCAAGGGGGGUGGGUAAGAAGCGAGCAACCGUUGAGGAAGGGGGCAAUGGGGCUAGCGGGGAGGGAACAGCUGGCGAGGAGCUGGGGGGCCCGGAGCGGAAACGGCGGAAGUCGCGAAAAGGGGGAGAGCAAGGAAGUGAAAUCCCUGGGGGGGCUUCGGUGUCUGAGGGUUUGGCCCAAAUUGGGCCUGGCAAGUUAGUGGGAGAAACGGCACGUGAUGUCGAGUUGGAUAGGGCAGGGGCGGCAGCACUGACACGGGCCAAUGAGGAGGAGACAGGUGGCGGCACGGCGGCGGCGGCUGAGCUGGCGCAGGAGGUGCGGACGGAGGGGAAUGGCGCGGACGCCCGAAAGGAGGGGUUUGGAGGGGAGACGAUUCAGAACGCUGGGGAAAGCUCACGGAAAACUGACCAGAGGAGAGCGAAAGCGAGUGAUAUUGAGGGGGAAACAGGGGGAGGAAACGAACGGCCUGGGUGUAGUAAGGAUGCGCAAGAGGGGACAGAAAGCAAGUUAUCUGAAGGACGGAGAGCUAGCGAGGGUGAGGGUGGGAAGGCAAAGAGGAAAGAGAAAGAUCUUCGGUUUGUGCUGGCACGAGCGAGGGAGGCAGCGGAGAGCGAGGCUAGGGAUGCCGGGGCACCGCAGGAGGCAGUGGUUGCAGCAGGAGAUGCGGCUUAUGAGUCGGUGAAGUCCGCCCACGCCGACGCUCUGGCCGCCGGCAAAACGCAAGAAGAGGCAGUUACUUCCGCAAUCGGCGCCGCGGACGCAGUCGAGGACGCAGCGAAGCAGGCGGCUUCCGCCAAAGCGCAGCAGGAGGAAGCGAAGAAAGCAAAGCGCAAAGACCCCGAGCCGGAGAACGCAAAGUCUCAAACAGAAGGUGACGCAACCCUUCCGCAAGGGGUUGAUGGGAGCAGAAUACGAAAGCUGAGAGAGCGGUACUCUAUCCAGUGUCUCGCAUCUCUGGGGGAGUAUCUCGAGGCGCUUGGGCCGGUGCUCCGAGAACGGGGGAUCGACAUAUGCCUCGCCCUGCUUCGCCGGCAGCCGGACGGUCCGGUGACCGCGGAAGCUGCGUCCGAAGUCGCGGACAGUCUGAAGCUCGUGUGCAGUCUGCUUGCGCACCGGCGGUUCGCUCUGCUGUUCGUCGACCGGGGGGGUGUGAAUGCGUUCCUGCAAGUGGUGCGAACGCCACACACGUACACGGGCCUCUCUCUGUGCCUAUUCGCACUCGCGUCAAUCCAGGCGGUGAUGGAGCGGGUGUGCUCGCUCCUGGGGGAUGAGGUCAGCGGGUGCGUCGAGUUAGCGCUAACCCUAAUUUCGUGCACGCACGACCCCGCGCGGAAGAACGCCGCGCUGUUCUUCGGCUCCGCGCUCGUCUUCAAAGCCGUCAUCGAUGCGUUCGACGCGCAGGGGGGGCUUAAGCGCCUGCUCAGCCUCCUGCGAGCCGCGAUGGCGCUGCGCGCCGAGAUGACGUCAUCCGGGCGUCAGAUCGCGUUUCACACCGUCCUCGCGAUCCGGCAGUACCUCCGCAGUCACCUGGUGCUCUUGGUUGAGUCUCUAAAGCAGUCCCUCAAGGGGGGGGCUCAAACGGCGGGGAAAGAAGGGGGGGGAAAGAGGGGGUCCCGGCCAAUCGACGUCAGCGAUGCGGCGUAUGAGUCCGUGGCAAUCAUGGUUCACAGGGACCGGAGACUUGGGCCGGUUUUUGUGAAGGCGCGGUGGCCGGCUCUAGAGGCGUUUCUGGACCUGGGGGGUCCGGGGGUGAUGCUGGAACUGGCCAAGCCACGACCGCAGAUCCAAAGCGCGGAGAGGUACUCCUCUGACACCGCUCACGCCGCCCUCGACGUCCUCUCAAUUGUCACUUUAGCACCCUACUCUCACCGCGCCGUCGUCUCCGCGCAACUCGCCUCCGACGACUCUCGCACCGGCAUGUCGAUCAUCCUGGACGCAGCAGGGGGGCAGGCUUUCAGCGACCCGGAAAUAAUCGCCGCGGCUCUGGGCGUGCUGGUGCACGUUGUUUGUCCCCCCCCGGCGCUGGCAAAACCGUCCGCAAGCCCCCAGGGGGGCGAAACAACGCCCGGGCCCAACCGGGGCCUCGUGGGCGAUCUGCGGAUCUCUCUUGGACCCGGGGGGGGCGGCGCAGGGCUCGCUAGUCUGAUGGAACAAGGGUUCAAGCAAGCGAGGGAGGCGGUUCGACAGCACAACGGAAUCAAGGUUUUGCUGUCGUUGCUUCACCCGCGGACGGCGCUCCCCCCCGGGACGGCGGAUGUGGUGCGCGCGCUUGCGUGCCACGCGCUUUUGGGCCUGGCGAGGGACCCGGCGAUUGCGCACAUUUUGACGAAAUUGCAGGUCGGACGCAUGCUGUCCGAACUCGUCCGCGACUACGAGUCGUACGGCCCCCAGCGCCCGUCCGGAACCCAAGCCUCGCGCAACGCCGGCACUCCCGCUCCCGAUGCGGCGAUGACGUCAUCCGCGCCCCAGUGGCCGAGCGUGUUCAAGAAGGCGGCGCUGGACCUGAUUGCGCUGACGUCAGCAGGCGUAAGCACGAAGGGCGCGAGCGCUGCGGCCGCCAGCGAGGCGGCGGCGCCGACGAUGCGGAGGAUCGAGAAGGCGGCGAUAGCAGCCGCGACCCCGAUAAGCUAUCCCCCGCAGGAGCUCCUGCAGGUUAUCCAUGAGCAUCUCACGGCCUGCGGUCUCGACAAGGCCGCAGCCGCACUCCAACAAGAAGCCCACUUGCCCCUCGUUUCUAAGGGGGACGAAGAAACCGGCUCAGAGACGGGCCCUCAGUCCACUGCUAAAGAGCUCAAACCCUUCCCCUCCAACGCCACCCCGACCGGCUUUCUGGUAGGCUCUACUGAACCCGGAACAAGCGGGGUUAUCGCUGGAGCAACUAGAGCCGGCUCAAAUCUGACGAAGCGAUCCCUCUCGAUCGCGGCCAACGUUCGAGAUCCCAAUGCCGAACAGGGGCCGUUGUCCCCCCCCGAAGCAGAUGGUGUGAGCACCCCUCAACGGACCCCUCUCUGUAAACGGAAAGCAACGGAGCCGAUCUCACCCCCCCGGAAGCGGUUGAACACCGGGGAGUCUCGGUUCGGGGGGGCGAGGCGAACCGUGUCCCCUGAGCCGGACUUGCCCCCCGGUGCAGUGCCCGCGUCGGAGUCAAAACCGCACGUCUACAGAACGCCCACAGCAGUUUGCCCUAACCCCUUGCCCGACCAGUCGGCCAUCAACCCGUAUUACUGGCAGUACGCAAACAACACCCCAAACCGAACCACUACCCUUCCCGCCAUGUCAGAUUCCCAAUACCUCGAGUCGGCCUUCACGAGCGAGCGUGGGAGCGGUAAUGGUAACGAGCCCCCAACCGUUACCACCACGCUUGACUCCAUCGUCACCCAGUACCUCAAACAGCAGCAUAGGCUAUGCCCCGCGCCCAUAACCACUCUCCCUCCGCUGUCUCUCCACCAUAACCACGUUUGUCCGGAGCCGAGGCGGCCGCUCGAUGCACCUGCGAACUUCAGCGCGAGACUGUUGGCGAGACAGUGGAGCCCUCGGUUUGGGGGGAUGGGUGGGCGGAGACAGGAAAAGCACAUGGUGUACAGUAGGUUCCGCCCCUGGCGCACCUGCCGCGAGGAGGAGUCCACCAUCAUGACGUCAGCCGUCUUCCUCCCGACCGCCGACGCCUCGUCGCGCCUCGCGGUCGGCAGCCACGUGGGCGAGAUCCGGCUCUUCGACGCGGGCAGCGGUGACGUCAUCGAGACGUACGCGGGUCACGAGGAGAACGCGGUUAAUCUCCUGCAAACCGCAGUUAAGCCCGGGGGCGACGGCGCGUGGCUUCUGUCGAGUACGAGGCGAGAGGUUAAGCUGUGGGUUGCGGAGAACCUGGACAUGGGCAGUGUGAAAACGUUCGAGGGAUGCCGGUCGGGGAGGUUUAACACCGCGGGGACGCGGAUCGUGGCGGUCGAGCAGCGGCAGUCGGGGCCGCCGCAGGUUCGUCUGUACGACGUCAAUAGCGGCAACCUCGAGUUAACGCUCACCGACUCGCAUUCGAGCAACCCCCCCGGAAACGGAACUCGGUGGGGUUUGGGCGGACAUUCGAACGCGUACUUCAGCCCGGACGACAGUUUGAUCCUCUGGGGGGGAGUGCUUUGGGACCACCGGUUACCAAAGGGAGUUCACCGCUUCGACCAGUUUACGGACUAUGGGGGAGGGGCGUUCCAUCCCGCUGGGAACGAGGUGAUCAUCAACAGCGAGGUGUGGGAUCUCCGCACCCAUAAGCUGCUGCGCUCCGUCGCCUCGCUCGACAACACCACCAUCUCCUUCUCCCCCACCGGUGACGUCAUCUACGCAAUCCUCCGCCGGAGCUCCGACGAGUUGAACGCGGCGCUCAAUCCGAAACGCCAACGUCACCCGCUCUGGGCGGCGUUUCGGACGCUGGACGCUACGGACUAUUCGGACAUCGCGACGGUGCCGGUGGACCGGUGCGUGCUGGACCUGGCGGUCGAUCCGACGGACUCGUACGUCGGCGCGGUGGCGAUCGACGGCCAGGGCAUCGAGAGCAAUGUCAAGGUGUACGAAAUUGGACGGCGGCGACCGGACGACGGCGACUCGGACGUCGACGUCAACGAGGAAGAAGAUGACGAGAGCGAGGAGGAAGAGGAGGAGGAAGACGAGGACGGGGGGGAGGGCGACAUCUCCGAAGCGGAGGACGACGAAAACGACGGCGCCGGGGGGGUCGCCGCCCGGCUCCUGCGAGAGCUCGCGGAGGGGGGGGACGAUGGGGACGAUGACGUCAGCAGCAGCGGGGGGGAGGAGUCGGAAGAAGACGACGAAGUGGAUGCGAUGCUCGAUGCAAUGGAGGAAAGCGACGAGGGGAGCGAUGAGGGGGGGAGCGACGAUGGGGGCGAGUAUGGCAGCGAGGGGGGGGGCUCGUCGGCGGACGGGUAUGAUACGGACGAGGAUUACGGAGAGGGGGACUUCGACGACUUGUUGCAGGGGAUGCUAUAAGAGAAUGUUUGAAGGGUUGUUUCCUUCAAAGUUUGGAGGGUUGAUAAGCGUACGCACUUGCAAAGGUAUCCCGACUCGUUCGUGACAGAGACCUUGGUGGUGUUGGUCUCCCAUUUAGUCAAACCGCAGACGAAGACACGCUUAAAGCGACGGAUCGCUGUGGAUGUGCAGAUUCCAUGCAAGGCCGAACUUCGCAAGCUUCUCGAAUCACGUAUCCACGCUGAGUGUGCGCCAACCGCCAC